GGGGAGAGAAAAAGCGAGGCGUGCGCUGCUUUGCGCAGGCGCAGUGACCGGACGACGGACCGUGUGUUUCCAAAAUGGCGGCUGCGAUGGAUGUGGACACCCCGAGCGGCACCAACAGCGGCGCGGGCAAGAAGCGCUUUGAAGUGAAAAAGUGGAAUGCAGUAGCCCUGUGGGCUUGGGAUAUUGUGGUUGAUAACUGUGCCAUCUGCAGGAACCAUAUUAUGGAUCUUUGCAUAGAGUGUCAGGCUAACCAGGCGUCGGCGACUUCCGAGGAGUGUACGGUUGCGUGGGGAGUCUGUAAUCAUGCCUUUCAUUUCCAUUGCAUUUCUCGCUGGCUCAAAACGCGGCAGGUGUGCCCUUUGGACAACAGAGAGUGGGAAUUCCAAAAGUAUGGCCACUAGAACAAGAAUUCUUCCAUCAAGCCUAACUGUUUUGUUAUUCAUUUAGUGACCAGCCCCUCUUAAUUAUACGUUAGCUAGAACUGUGUCUUUUCUCCUUUGUCUUUUCAUUUUGCUGUUCCUGCAGUGAUACUGUAUUCUGUGUCAAAUAAAGUCCAGUUGGAUUCUA